AUGGAUUCAGAUGUUUCCGCUUUGAUGAUAGGAACAUUUGGCGGCAAUGCAAGAGAUGAUUUUGGCAAAGAUGCGGGCACAAGGCGAUGUCUUCUACUGGAUAUCGUCAUGCAAGGUCGAAAGCGUGAAUCCCGUUGCAGACUCUUCCAGAUGCCCGCCGAGAUUCUGGCCGAUAUAGUUGACUUCCUUGCCGACGACAAAUCAGCUUUAGCUUGCCUUGCGCUAGUAAACAGCGACUGUCGUUAUCUCGCCCGUUCCUGUCAGUUUGCUGAGAUCCAUUUCGACUACAGCCAUCAAUCACGACAGCUUCUCCUGCAUUUGGCAGAGGAAGCUCUACGUGAAACAGAUCUGACGACACGUACAUUCCCUAUUGGCAGGUGUGUACGUAGCGUUAUCUUUGCAUCGCGUCCUGAGUGCGUCAUGGCAUGCUACGAAGAACUACACAACUCAAUUUUUAGCGAGAGGGCCAGUUCAUAUUCUGAGGAGCAGCGAGCUAAGCUGCAGGAAGCAGCCAAGGCACAUUACAUUACGCUACGGAAUAUUGCGACAUUGGUUGUUACCUGUGCAAUGCCCAAUCUUGAGGUCUUUACUUGGAAAGACCCAUUCUCGGUAGAUGACAACUUUCUCAAACACGUCUCUCGGUGUUCCGCCCAGCAUAUCAGGUUACAAAGGGUUAAACUCGAUAAACCUUGGCGUAUGGAACCGCCUCUGGCUCCUGCCCUGUGGCCUCUUCGUUCUCUUGACUUCGAUGUCGAGCUGGCUUACGGCUGGGAUGCAGGUCAGCUUGAGUCGGAAGUUGUUCAGGAACACACAUCGACUGAAGAGCUGGAAAAUCCUAUAUCUGGUUUCUUCGAAACUCUUUUCCAGCGUUGCGCUGCCACACUAGAGUCGUUGAGUUGGCAGCAUAUGGGGUUCUGGUCAAAGAGUACAAUCUCGUUGGGCCAUUCUCCUCUAUCCUUUCCUCUUCUGCGAUAUUUGCGGCUUGGUUCUGUUUCUUUAAGCCCUCGCGCGUUCUCGUUGUUGCUUUCGUCCCCGCUGAAGCACCUUGAAUUACCUACAUCUUUGGGAAGGCUUGCGGAAAGUCUUGUUGCGUGCGAGCCAUUACGAGAUCUCCAGAGCUUAAUAAUUCCGACAUUACCUCCCCAAAGCCAGGCAUGUAUGCAUAUCGCAGGAUUUAUUAAACAGCACAAACAUGUUCACAAACUCUUUGUACAUGAACAUAACACUACACACAUGGACCGCCUUGUCGUCCCUAUCCUAGCAGAAGGUGGGUUCAACAAUCUUCGUUGUCUCUCGUUAGCAUGGGGUGGAGAAGGCGUGAGUGAUUUGACCACACCACAUGUUUUUCACAUUCCUGAAGCAGCAAUCAUGACACUCGGUACGAUUGUGUCCCUUGAGCGACUAAGUCUUCGUGCUGGCAAUAAUUUUGGGUGGAGAAACCAGUGGCUUAUAGACCACGAUAAGCUACGCCAGCAUCUUAGAACUCUAAGCCGACUCAAGAUGCUAGCCCUAGUUCGCGAUACAUAUCCCAUCUCAUUAUCAAGCCAUAUAGAUGUGGAGAAUUACUAUAGUCUGCGACUAGCGGGAGAAAGUGAGCGCGUUGACGCGAGAGCCCGAGAGGAUCUUGAUAUUGAUGAAACCUCGUCAGUUGUUGAUACGCAUGAUAUGAUCGAGAAUCAACAGGACGAGGAAGAAGAGAGUGAAGCUGAGGCUGAGAUUUGGGAGAGAGCGCAUCGAAACCGCAUGCUCGCACAGGCUGAGGCGUACGCUGCAGUUUUUCCAGCGCUUGAUUGGGUCCUUUGUGGGCAGCGGCCGAUGGGAUUUCACGUUGACCUUGCGAACCAUGUCUCUCAUAAAAAGGCGAUACCACUUACCCAACACAGAGAUGAGUGCUAUACGUUCUUGAAAAGAACUUUUGGAAUCUCUGAGUAA